AUGCUCAGUAAAACGCACGAGUUACGACGAAAAUGGUGGAGGGUGAUCCAUCAAUUCAGAAAGACGCUUAAGUUUGGCGCCAGUAUGCAAUAGUGAGCAAUGGGUUAUUUGGUAACUGAACUGAAAAUGAAUCCAGAAUGCCUAACAUCAACAGAAUCAAAGCCGUUUAUCUGCAUGAAAUGUAAGUCUUCAGGGAAAAACUCAAAGCUGAAAUUUAGUUACACGAACCUGAACACAGGAAUUUGGCUUUGUUCUAGUCCAAAGUGCUGUUUUCCGCUGAACUCACCAAAGGUCAACAAUUAUAUUGUGAAGAUUGAUUUGCUUGAUAGAGACCAUGCACAAAGACAAAAAAGAUCCAGGAGGAAGGCACCCCAUUUGUCAAAUUCACCCAAAAUCAAAGGAAAUUCAAGGGCUGGUGGAAGCUCGGUUUCAGUUUCCACUUGUCAACAAGAAGAUAAAGUUAUCAAUGAAUUAACAGAUGAAAAAGCAAAGCACCUGUUGUCCAGAGUGAAGUAUCAUGAAUUAGACGAUGUGGAAAGGUUACAAGGAGAUGGCCAGUCUACUAAAUCUGAUUGUAUGACUUCAAUAAGUGGGUCAACUCAUCUACUCUGUCUGAUGGAAUAUCUUCAAGGAGGACUCCAGUUGAAAGUCAGAACCCAAUAUAUUUAAAUAAAUGGUUAAAUAGAAUGGAGUGUGGCUCUGGUAAUACUGAUGAUAUCCAGGAAAAAGAUGAUUUGGAUAUUCAAAGUGAUAAUUUUGUCAAUUUGGAAAAGUAUUUACCAUUUGUGCCCAGGAAUGGAAAAAUGAGCAGUGAAUGUGAAUUUAAUGUUGAUGAGCAAACAGAACCAAGUUUUUCUGUUCUAGAGUCAGUAUUGAUGGAGAGUUCUGACUGUUCCAGAGGCCAUGGUUUGAUUUAUGACUUUGAUAGUGCAUAUUCAUCGCCAAUCACUGACUUUGACUUUCACAACUGUGAUCUAUCUGGGAAGAGUGAACUGCUUCCAACAAGCAAUCUUCAUCAAGAUGGGGGGCUAGCCUCUGUACUGGGAAUGGUUGAUGGCCUAUUUAAAGAAAUCAACAAUGAAUGUCUUCCACAUGAUGAGAACAGUAACAACCUUGAUUAUGAAAUUGAUAUAAGUAAACUUCUCUAAAAAUGUAUUGUUUCUCAAGUCAUGAGUGACUCAUGUUUGUACAAAUGUAUAUAUUGUUUCUUUGAUAUAAAUUUGGGUUUUUAUAUGACAAUAGUAGAUUUGAAUGUCGAUA